AUGCCGGACGCGAUUCAGUUUAGCUUCAUUCCGAUCACUUCUCUCCUCAAAGAUGUGUCCGGUAAAGGUUUCUUGUCGCAUGCCAUCAACCUUUAUCUUCGACACAAGCCUCCAAUAGCUGAUCUGCAAUACUUUCUAGACUUUCAAGCCCACAAAAUUUGGGCUCAGGUUCUGAAUGAGCUGGCUCUAGGCCCAGCCUCAAAUAGGGCAACUCAGUCCCCUGCAAUCCACGUCUGCUUGCUGAGUCCUCAGCUAUAUGUAAAGACUGCACACGUUGGGGUUGCAAACAGGCCUGUCAUAGGGAUGUGCUUGUUUAUAUCUUGA